AUGUUUGUUUAUUUUAACUGCAAGAAAUAAAUACUCGAAUACUGAAAGACAAUUGUUCGAAUGACUCGAAUAUUUAAAAAUGGCCCCACAAUUAAUCGAUAAUCGAAUAAACGAAAAAUUUAGACAUCUCUAACAACAACAACAACUUCUAUUUCAACAAACAAAUCUAAACCAAGGAAAGUGAAGUGGAAGGUAAAACGUAAUGUCAGAAUUGCCGUUCGGACGUAUCCCAUCCGAAAGAAACGCCAUGGGGCCCUCGGGAGGAUCACCUUCUUCUUGGGAUUAUUUUGAUAUUCUACACAGCUUUCUCCAUACUUAUAAACAAAACAGCACUCGCGAUUUGAUGGAUGAGGUGAUUGGUUCCGAUGAUGACUACUGCGAUGCUGAGUAUUUAGAUGAAGCGUACAACCCGGAGAACGACACAUUCGCUCAAUCUAUGUUUAUGUCACCUUCUGCGCCGACAUCAUCAGUAUCAUCGCCAUCACCAACACUGCCAUCAUCAAGCCGCAGGCAUUCCGCUCCUAAAAAGAGAAAACAAAAUGUGCAGGAAAAAUUGUUGGAAUUGGCUAUAAAAUAAAACGAAAAUAUGGUUACUUUUAUGGAUCAUUCCAA